AUGAAGAAACGAAAUAAUACUCAUCUGUUACACCAUUUGGUGCUUCUCCUUAGGAAGAAGAGCCCAGAGGACAGCAAGUAUGUUCAGAGUGUAGACGAACGGAGUGGGUUCCCAAGAGGAAGCAGCAUCAUCAGUGGUGAUGACUCUAUUCACGGGGAGAAGCACGCUACGGGUAAAAAUGACGAGGAGGAAAGUCCCAUCAUCUUUCUCCUUACCCAGAUGGGGAAAGCAUUACUCAUACAGGAUGGCCAUUGCGAUGAUGAUAAGGAUGACAAUAACGAUGACCACUGCGACGAUGAUAAGGAUGACGGUGACCAUGACCAUUCCUUAAAUGUUCGAAAAAAAAAAAAGUUCAUUUCGGAGAGCCACUUGGUUAUACAGCGUGACUCCAACUGCGUGACAAUCCGGAGUAGAAACAAUUUGCUCUACGCUGUGGCUUUGCUUUGCGGGGAAAGGGAGCCAAAGGAGGGGAAGACGAAUGAGAGGGCAACUCACACCGCGACGGUCACCGGACGUAACAAUUAUACCCGUGUACUCUCCGCACUGAAAUACGCCUCGGAAAAAUUUGAAGCAAAUUUGAAGUAUUACGUCUGCCUUGCAAAUGGCCAGUGCGAGAUGAGGAAGAUCCAUCUACUGGACUGCAGCCAAAUGGUGUGGGAUUUUCAGUUUUUUAAAGACCACCUACAGAGAAGGAUAAAAUACGCUCAACGAUCAAAGAGUCUAUGCUUUGUUUUGUCUCCUCAGCUGCUGGUUCGGGAGUACGCCCUGUUCGUGUCUCGGUUGAUAUGGCGCUUGGGGCGGAGCUCUCGGGGCGCGGUGUUUCACGUGGUGGAGGAGGGAGGCACAGCGGCUUCGGCGGCUGGCGAUGUGGUGCCCGAUUCAGUGAUUAGCGAGGUGGUGACCCAUUCAUCGCCUGGUGACGUGGUGGAUGCCCCCCAUUUUGCACCACGAGACCGCCCCCACCUCGCCGGCCAACAAAAGACGCCCUUCCUUCAGCAAAUCUGGUCCAUCCUUUUUCUCCUGAAGGAAGAAAACACAAACCUACGGAGUAUGUACCAUUUGGAAGACUACACAAAAAUGUUCAUACACAAUUGUGACAAAUUAAACAGAAAAUCGUUCCUCUCCUUUUUAAAGAAGAUAGACCACCUGCACGUGCAUGCAGUAAAUUUGAACACCCUGUUUGGUUUGUAUUUUAGCGAAACGGAGGAGAACAUCUUAAAGGUUUUUCGAAAAUGCGAGCGGAUUUCGAAGCGGACCUCCCGAAGUGUCUUCCUGGUGAUUGACGGGAUUGACGUGGUGGCGCGGCGGGGCGGGAAAGGCUGCGAUGGUUGUCGCGAUGGUGGCCGGGAUCAUGCCCACGACGACGCCCGCGAUGGGGACGGCCCAGGGGGAGAACCCAACGACAACGGGCGGCUGCUCACCACGCUGCUGCUGUGCCUCGAUAGCGUAGAUAGCUGCACCGGACGCAGGCGGAAAGCGGUAUCGCAACGUAAACAUGACGACGAAGGGAACGGAGGACACAACCUAUCUAAGGGGGACAACCCAGUGACACGGGUGCAAAAGAAAAAACACUCCCCCGAGGUAGACCCGUAUGGAGAAGAUUCAGAUCACACAGAGACAUCUUCAACGGAUGAGCGUACCAAAAAAACGCUGAAAAAGAAGAAAAAAUUAGCAACACAUGUAACGUAUGACAUUAAGCAACUGGCAAAAUUUUACAAAGAAAAGCACAUUGAGCUCAUGCGAAGGAAAAAAGAAAAAUACAUCAGCAUCAUCGUUUUAAGCGAUUUGGAUUUGAAACAAUUUGACAUUUCUCUCACGAGGGCGGGGCGAUUUUUUCAUUUCAUAAAAUAUGCCUAG